UCGAGCUGUCUGGUGCGGACGUGUUUGACAGUUAUUUAAAAAUGGGGUUUCGAAGUGAAACGAAGUGAUCGUUAAAUUCAGAUUUUCUGCCUAAAGGUCAUAGAUUCAGAAAUUAUUAUGAAGUUCGUAAUUUUUUCCGAAACAUUUAAACAUUAAUGUGUUUAUAAAAUAACAAAGCGACUAAACGAACAGCAGGACGUGUUAUACAUAAAGUCGCUUUACUAUAGAAUCGUAUGCAUUUUCGGCGCAGAGCAAAGAUCCUUCAGUUCGAAGCGGUUUGACGGCGGAGUGGAGCAUCUUGUCAUUAAACUAUCUUUGAAGCUAGCAGAGGGGCUACGGCUAACCGCAGGCAGCGGACCCGGGCAGCUGCGCUCCUGAUCCGGGAUGAUGCCAGGCGACAGCACCAUGACUUCCAUCGUCCAGAGAAUAGCCCGACAGGCUCUGGUCACCUUCAGGAACCCACCAGGACUCGGGGAGGAGAGCGGACAGUCCUUCGUAGAGAACCACGGUAAGCUGAAGAGCCUGAUGACGGAAGUCAGAUCGGCUGACCUGAAGCUCGUCCCGCGGAGAGCCGAGGACAGCGCGCCGCGGCCGAUCCCGUACCACCACGGAGUGCCGCCGGUCACCUACAUGCAUAUCUGCGAGACGGACCAGUUCAGCAUGGGGGUGUUCCUGCUGAAGAGCGGCGCCUCCAUCCCGCUGCACGACCACCCGGGCAUGCACGGCGUGCUCAAAGUCCUCUACGGGAAGGUCAGGAUCAGCUGCUUCGACCGGCUGGAGCGGCACGGCGGCGGGACGCUGGCGGCACCGCCGCUGCCCCCGGCGCAGAUGGGCGCUCUGCGGCGCUCCGUGCUGCGGUCCUCCGCCGAAUACACGGAGGAGAGUGGGCCCUGCGUCCUCUCUCCGGACCGGGACAACCUUCACCAGAUCGACGCCGUGGACGGGCCGACGGCGUUCAUGGAUAUUCUGGCCCCGCCGUAUGACCCGGACGACGGCAGGGACUGCCACUACUACCAGGUUCUGACCAAUUCGGAACCGAACUCCGCGGACGGGAAAGAGAAGGAGGUCUGGCUCAUGGAGAUCUCCCAGCCGCCUCACUUCUGGUGCGGAGGGGAGCCGUACCCCGGCCCGGAGGUGCACCUGUGAUCCGCCCGGACCGGACCGGGUUAAAUGGACCUGGGCCCGGUCCCGAACCUGGCCAGACUUAUUCUGGUAUCACUUUAGAAUAAAACUUUCCUUAUAGAUGGCUAAUAAAUAGUUUAGAGAUAUUAGAGAUACAAAACUUUCAUUCCGGUUUUUAGGAUUCGAUUCUAAACGACUUUCGAUUAAAGCGGUCUAGAGGUUCUGUUUAAAUUGUGUGCCUGACAAGUCUGAUAAAAACAUUUAUUUAAACAAAUUUCUAAGAUCCCAUACUAAACCAAAUUCCAUCAGUUUAUAUUUAAACAUAAAUAUAUUUAUGUUCUUAAAUCACCAGCAUUACGUUUUUCCUUAAGUCAAAACAAAAAUGUCAUUUUAAUAAUAUAAUUUUACUAUAAAUGAAGCAGACUGAAUAUGAUUUUUAAGCAUUUUGAAUCGAUUCAUUAUUGCCAUUCUCUAUACAAUCAUUUGUUUCUGCACCUAGUUUACAUUUUACCCUUCAUCUAUUAACACUUAAUGAAUCAUUAGUAACUGUUUAUUGUUUUAUUUAGACUAUAUGCUAAAUAAAACAUUUACAAAUGCUUUAUUUAUAAAUAUGAAUCUAUGAAAUAUUUAUUAGCCGUCUGUAAAGAGGAGCCUCAUUGUAAAGUGGUUCCAUUGUUCUGACCCAAAUGAAACGUCUUUCUGACUCAGAAUGUGAGUUUUCCUGCAGUCAUUAAUCUGUUAUCUGGACUUCAUGACACACUUUAUGUUUUUAGUAAUAAUUAACAACACACCCAGAAGAGACGUUUGCUGCUCUGUAACUGAACGUUUUCAGACCAGGAGAGAUGAAUUAAAAUCACUUCUCUUUCCUGAUCGCAGCAGUUUGCGCUCUUCGUUUCUUUUCGGCCUCCUCUGCUGUUUAUUCCAGUGUUUGCAUGAAGGACGCAGCUUUGAACCAAGAAAUCUCCAGGCUGCAGCCGCCGACUCGUCUUCCUGCUCUCAGCCACAGAGAGAAAGUCCAGAUUUCUCCUCUCAUCUGGACUGUGUGCUUUUUAUCUCUGAGGUCCUCAGGGAACCUGGAUGUGAUGGUUGCUGCAUUAAAAUCAAAACUUUGAGAUUUUGCUGUGGUUCUGGGGUCGUUUUGUGGAUCUGUGCAGGUUAAAACUGUCUGCAUGAUUCCAAAAUAAAGAUAAUCAACAUGG